GCUCCCGGGCUGGGCGGAGCCUGGCUGCCCGGCGCGGCUCAGCCUCACCCGGCUCAGUCGCCGCCGCCGCGCGAACAUGGAGCCCCCGGACGCGCGCGCAGGGCUGCGCAGGGCCCCGCGGCUGCUGUGGCUGGUGCUCCUGCUGGCGGCGCAGCCAGGUGUCCGGGCCGAGAUGCACGUGUCUGUGCCCCCUCUGGUGGAGGUGAUGCGGGGAGAGCGCGUCACCCUGAGCUGCACCCCCUCGAAGAAGCCCGACCACUUUGUGCUGGAGUGGUUCCUGAUGGAGCGCUCUGGGGUCCGUCGCCGCCUGGCCUCGGCUGAGCAGCAAGGCUCCGAGCUGCAUCGCGUGGUGCAUGAGCCUCAGGGCCGGAGUCCCCCUUACCAGCUGGACCCCCAGGGGAGCCUGGUGCUGGCCGAGGCCCAGGUGGCCGAUGAGCGGGACUACCUGUGCGUGGUGACAGCUGGGGCUGCUGGCACGGCAGAAGCCACCUCCAGGCUCCGGGUAUUUGCCCAACCAGAGGCCACCGAGGUGCUCCCCAACGGGGGGACGCUGUCCGUGAUGGACAGUGCCUCACAGGUCGCCACCUGCAGCAGCCGGAAUGGGAACCCGGCCCCGCAGAUCACCUGGUACCGGAACGGGCGGCUCCUGGAGGUGCCCGUGGAGAUGAAUGAGGAGGGGUAUAUGACCAUCCGCACAGUCCGGGAGGCCUCCGGCCUGCUGUCCCUCUCCAGCACCCUCUACCUGCGGGUCCGAAAGGCCGACCGGAAUGCCAGCUUCCACUGUGCCGCUCAGUACAGCCUGCCCGGGGACCGCCACGGCCGUCUGGACAGCCCUGCCUUCAAUCUCACCGUGCACUAUCCCACGGAACAUGUGCGUCUCUGGCUGGGCAGCCCAUCCACCUCGGAGGGCUGGGUGCGCGAGGGUGACUCCGUCCAGCUGCUCUGUGAGGGUGACGGCAGCCCCAAUCCAGAGUACAUGUUUUUCCACCUGCAGGACACGCAGGAAAACGUGCUGAGCACAAACCUGGAGGGGAAGCUGACCCUGGAGCGCGUGAACCGCAACCAGAGUGGGACCUAUGGCUGCCGGGUGGAAGACUUUGACGCCGCGGAGGAUGUGCUGCUCAGCCAGACGCUCAGGCUGAAAGUGGCCUACCUGGACCCCCCGGAGCUCAGCACGGGGAAGGAGCUCUCCGUGUUCCUCAACAGCAGCCGCACAGCCGUGACCUGCUCCACUCAGGCUCAGCCCACACCUGCCCUGCGAUGGACCAAGGACUCGGUCCCUCUGGAGGAUGGACCCACACUGUCGCUCGGCCCCUUCACCUUCGAUUCCGCCGGCACCUACGUGUGCGAGGCCUCGGUGCCCAGUGUCCCCCUCCUCAGCCGCACCCAGAGCUUCAAGCUGCUGGUCCAAGGGUCGCCAGAGUUAAGGGCUAAGGAACUGGAGCCCAAGGCCGAGGGCAGCUGGACAGAAGGGGACCAGGUCGAGCUCAUCUGCUCCACACGUGGCUACCCGGAGCCCAAACUCACCUGGAGCCUGCAAGGCGACCAGCCGGCAGAGCAGGCCCACAGCGGACAGGGCUGGACGAGCAGCUCGCUGACCCUGCGAGUGACCAGCGCCCUGGGCCGAGAGGGCGUCUCCUGCGAGGCCACCAACUCCCACGGGCGCCUCCGCCACGUCUUCCACUUUGGCAAGGUGGCCCCCCAGACCGCUCAGGCCGGAGUGGCCGUCAUGGCGGUGGCCAUCAGCGUGGGCCUCCUGCUACUCGUGGUUGCCGCCUUUUACUGCAUGCGACGUAAAGGACGCUCAGCCUGCUGCCGCCGCAGAGAGAAGGGGACCCCGCCGCCUGGGGAGCCCGAGCUGGGUCGGCCCGGGUCUGAGCGGCCAGAGCACACUGGCCUUCUCUCGGGCGGGGCCGGGGGAGGAGCCCGCAGUAGCAGCGGGGCUUUCAGAGAUGAGUGCUGAGCCUAAGACGCCUAGGAGGCUCCAGGCACCGACCUCGAGCUGUGGGCACCACCGGAGCACCAGCCUGCGCUGCGCCCCUCCUCCAGCCUGGCCAGCUGGGCCAGUCCCUCCCUUCCUUCCUCUGCUGCCGGGCAGGGACCCUCCGCCCACCCGGCCUGGCCUCCGGGAGGGGGCGGGGAGGGUGGGGGGCCGGGAGGGGGCCUUCCUUCAGGGAGUGUCACUCUCCCAGGCCCCAGAAUAGCUCCUGGACCCAAGCCCGGGCCGGCCUGGGACAGGGCCGGAGGAGGGUCGCUGGCCGGGGCUAUUUUUACCUCCUCCCCAAACGGGUCCCCCACCUGAGUCCUGCUACACAGUCUGACACUGGAUCCCCCACCCACCCUCUCCCCCGGCCCUUAUAUGUGGACACUGGAUUCUGGAAUAAAUGCUGUCUGUCACUUGGACACCA